UAAUGGACUAGUCAAGUUGACUUCCGGCCAUUUCUCCAUUGAAGAACGCGUUGGCUGCCAAGCAUCGACAAGGCAUGGACAGUCGGAGAUACGGUGUUUAUUUUACAAUUUUUGAGAGGUAGAAUGCACAGUGUUAAGGCUAAUUGUUAUGAGAUACUUAAUUCGAUACUUUAGAAGACGACAAUAUCGCGUGAAAGAUUUCUCGACGUCGCUGUAACGUUUGGCGCGCGCGCACGUUGUUGACUACAAACCGGUCACAAAAUCAUUUAUUUGGCGUAACGCUAGUACAGAUACAGGUAUUUCCAACCAAAGGUAAAGAAGAAUUCUUGAGUGUAUUCUGCUCAUACCGACACGGAGGGACACCACAGGUAUGGACGGGACACCCUUCAGACAGGACCAGCCACAGGUCAGGCCAGGUUUUCAGGUUCAGCCCCAGUUUGGUGUGACCUACACCACCCAGCUGCCUCCCAGCCAGUUCCUACCUCCUCCUCCACCUGCAUCGGAGCCGAUGUUACAAACCAUGCCGACCAGUGAGCUGCAGAACCAGCCUGUGUCCGGGUCACUGGUACCAGACAUGACCACUGUACGCACACAGAUGCACUACCAGCCUGGUCAGCAGCAGCAGGACAAGGCCAACAGUCAGAACAAGUCCCAGGAACAUUCCCAGCCCAGCUCAGGCCUCACGCCCGGGUUCAGUAACACUCCAGGGGUGCCACAUUCACACAGUCACUCCAGUUCUGGGGGUACAUCAUCCCUGUACCCGGCCACACCUGCCCCCAUGACCCCAAUGACGCCUGCAACCCCAGCAGAGGGGUCUGGGAUUGUUCCUCAAUUACAGAAUAUUGUUUCCACUGUGAACCUGGGUUGCAAGCUGGAUCUGAAGAAAAUUGCACUUCAUGCCAGAAAUGCAGAGUACAAUCCAAAGCGUUUUGCAGCAGUGAUCAUGAGAAUCCGGGACCCGAGAACAACAGCCCUGAUCUUCAGCUCAGGCAAGAUGGUGUGCACAGGAGCAAAGAGUGAGGACCAGUCCAGGCUUGCAGCCAGGAAAUAUGCCAGAGUGGUACAGAAGUUGGGCUUCCCUGCAAAGUUUCUGGACUUUAAGAUUCAGAACAUGGUGGGCAGCUGUGAUGUCAAGUUCCCAAUCAGACUAGAGGGGCUGGUCCUCACUCACGCACAGUUCUCAAGUUAUGAGCCUGAGCUUUUUCCUGGCCUGAUCUACCGUAUGGUCAAGCCCAGGAUUGUGCUGCUCAUCUUUGUCUCAGGGAAGGUAGUACUGACUGGUGCAAAGGUGCGAGAGGAGAUUUAUGAGGCAUUUGAGACGAUCUACCCUAUCCUUAAGGGCUUCAGGAAGACAUCUUGACACCUCAGAUCACCUGCAGAUGUACCCUUGUAUAUACCUCCAUCAGAUUAUAUUUUCCAACUCCCAAAGACACAGUUGUAUGUUGAUGCUGCCAUUGUGGCUUUUUACCAGUGUGGGGGACAUACAACACACAGGCUUGUGCAGAGACAUUGGGAGAAUGGUAUUCGUUGUGACAGAAGUACUCAUUCCCGUACCUAAUGAGUUGGAUAAUACUCAUUUUGUUCUGAUAACAAUGUUCAGUUAUUUUUCCUGGUGGUUCUCUUGUAAUCAUAAGCCUAGUUUAUUAUUUACUCUUGAGUUUCUUCUUCAGAUGUUACUGCUUUGGCAGAUUUUCCUCAAGGCCCAGAAGUAAUCCAUAUAUAGCUUCUGUCAACUUUAAAGUAUACUAGUAUGUAAAUAAAAGAUCCAUUCAAGAGAGUGAUGAAUUCAGAGUAAUGGUCGGUCUGUGUAGGUAGAUUGCAAACCUCCAGUCAGGAUCUGCAAUCUCAGGCAACUUUUCAAUGAUGAAGGGCUUCAUUGUUUUCACAAUAUUGGAUAGUUAUUUAUGACAUCCAAGGAACAUUUUCAGUUGAUGUCUAUGUCAACACCAUCAGUAGAGGAAUUUGAGGGCUUUGAAAAUUUGAAACCAUUUUCAUUUUUUGUAUGUUAUGUUCUUAUUUACAAUAGUACAUUUCAUAGUUGGCUUUCCUGUAUACUUGUAAAUAUCCACCCUCUAUUUUCAGAAUUUUCUCCAAUAUGGUUGUCAUUUCUCCUCCACGGUGUUAGAAUGACCAAUAAAACUUACAAAUGACUG